AUGGUUUUUUCUUCAAUUCCAGCUUAUCUUGAUCCAGCCAACUGGCAGCAGCAUCAAAAUCAUCAAAUUAUUGGAAGUAGUAGCACAAACCCUUUGCUGUCACAGCCGCCGCCUCCGCCUCCUUCUUCAGCUCAGCCCCAUGCCAGUGGUGGCACGGGUUCGAUCCGGCCAGGGUCGAUGUCGGAGCGAGCCCGGAUGGCCAACAUACCGAUGCCAGAGGCUGCCCUUAAAUGCCCUAGAUGUGAAUCAACAAACACAAAGUUUUGCUAUUUCAACAACUAUAGUCUCUCUCAGCCUCGACACUUUUGUAAGGCCUGUAGAAGAUACUGGACUAGAGGUGGCGCUCUGAGAAGUGUUCCGGUGGGAGGCGGCUGCCGGAGAAACAAAAGAAGUAAAUCUACAAGUUCAAAGUCUCCAGCGCCACCCAAUAAUAGCCGGCAAACCACCACUAACUCCACCAGUACCGGUACCAUUUCUUCCAACGGUACCGGACCGGCUAAUAUUUUAGGCAUCAACUCUCAGUUUCCACCUCUACGCUUCAUGUCUCCUUUAGGUCAACUUACUGAUAACUAUAGCACCGGUGAUAUCAGCUUAAAUUACAGAGGAAUCUCUGCUCCGAUUAGUGAGAUGAACUUUCAGAUGGGAAGUAAUAAUUUCCUGGGUGGUGGGAGUGGUGCUGGAGCUGGGAUAGCUUCCUCUUUAUCAAGUGGUGGCAUUGAGCAGUGGAGGUUUCAUCAACAAUAUCCUUUCUUGGGUAGUAUGGAUCCAUCUCCUGCGGGGCUUUUCCAUUUUGAAGGUGGAGACGACCAACCUAGAUUCGCCGGUGAAACCAGCCAGGCGGCGCGGCCUAAACUUUCAAGCUCAAUGCUAAAUCAGAACACUACAUCAGUGAAAAUGGAAGAACAUUUGUCGAAGUUGAAUUUGUCCAGGCAGUUAAUGGGAAUGCCUGGAAAUGAUCAAUGGAGUACUGGUACUGCAGCUUCUUGGACCGAUCUUUCAUGUUUCAGUUCUACUUCAACAAACAAUCCCUUAUAA